UGAUCAUUUCGAUCGGAGAGAUCUAUAAAAAGCCACUCGGCUGCCACCCAUCAGGCGCUUUAUUAUAAAAUCAAACAGUCAAGUGCAGUGUGCCGUAAAAUUGGGAGAAACAAUUUGUUUACUCAUUUAAUUCAUCUCGCCAUUUGUUAUUGUGCAAUUUAUUGUUGAUUCGAGCUGAUAAAAAUCUUCCCCACUCAAUUAUAGAAUUAAUACGACCGGUGUUAAUUAAAAAAAAAGGCAAAUGCAAUAAUAAUUUUAAUCAUACGUUUGGCGUGGCUUUAAAAGUGACCGUCAAGCUGAAAAGAGUCGAACACAUCGAAAAUCUUGGCCGAAAUGUACGCUCCUCCACUCAUCCAAAUCCUUCUUUUUAGUCUGCUGUAUUCGGGAUCCGCCAUGUCUGGUUUGGUGAAAAGCGAAACGGAGGACUUUAUCGACUGGUGGCAACACACCGUCUUUUACCAGAUCUACCCAAGGUCCUUCAAGGACAGCAACGGCGAUGGCAUUGGGGAUUUGCAGGGCAUUACCUCAAAGCUGCCUUAUCUGGCGGAAACGGGCAUAACGGCCGCCUGGCUGAGCCCCAUCUUCCAGUCGCCCAUGGUGGAUUUUGGCUAUGACAUAUCGGACUACAAGCAGAUCCAGCCGGAGUAUGGCACAAUGCAGGACUUUGAGGAGUUGAUAGACACAGCGUACGGCUUAGGGAUCAAAAUCGUUUUGGACUUUGUGCCGAAUCACAGCUCGGACCAGCACGAAUGGUUCAAGAAGUCGGCAGCCAAGGAGCCGGGCUUCGAGGACUUUUAUGUGUGGCAGGAUGGCAUCCUCCAGGAGAAUGGCACCCGAUUGCCGCCGAACAACUGGCAGUCCGUCUUCUACGGCUCUGCCUGGGAAUGGCACGAGGCCCGACAGCAGUUCUAUUUGCAUCAGUUUACCAAGGAGCAGCCGGAUUUGAAUUUCCGCAAUCCCAAGGUGGUCCAGGCUAUGGACGACGUGAUCCUCUUUUGGCUAAACAAAGGCGUAGCUGGCUUCCGCAUCGAUGCCGUCAAUCAUUUGUUCGAGGAUGAGUCUCUAAGGGAUGAGCCAUUGAGUGGAAAGACCCAGGACCCGCUGUCCUACGACUACAGUAAACACAUCUACACCAAGGAUCUGCCCGAGGUCCUGGAAAUGAUUCAGCACUGGCGGCGACUGCUGGACGACUUCAGUUCCAAGCACCCGGAACGACCCACACGCAUCAUGAUGACGGAGGCGUAUGCGGGAAUCUCCAAGCUGGCAGACUACUACGAGGACCACGAUGGGGUAAGGGGCUCGCAUCUGCCCUUCAACUUCCACUUCAUUACGGACGUGAAAGGCGACGCGGAUGCGCGUGACUUUGUCUACAACGUGGAGAAGUGGCUGAUCUACAUGCCGCGCGGGCAUGCGGCCAACUGGGUCAUGGGCAACCACGACAACCCCCGGGUGGCCUCCAGAUUCGGUGCGUCCAGCGUGGAUGCCAUGAACAUGCUGCUGCUCACCCUGCCCGGCGUGGCAGUCACAUAUAACGGCGAGGAGCUGGGCAUGGAGGACUAUCGCGACAUCAGCUGGCAGGAUACGGUGGACCCGCCGGCCAGAAAUGUGGGAAAGAAGCUCUACAAGGAGGUCUCCCGGGAUCCAGAGCGAACGCCAUUCCAGUGGAGUAACGAGGUGAAUGCGGGCUUUUCGACUGCCCCCAAGACCUGGCUGCCCGUUCAUCCGAACUACCCAGAACUAAACUUGGAGGCCCAGAAGGCGGCCAACAAAAGCCACUACAGUGUCUACAAGGACCUUAUAGAGCUAAGACAUUCGGCCAUAAUGCGACUGGGACGCUUCAACAUCGAACCCAUUUCACGUUCGGUUUUUGCCUUCAAGCGCUCCUAUCCCAACUUUGAAACGAUAAUUACCAUUAUCAAUGUAAGUGACAGGGAACAGUUGGUGGAUCUCUCAGAGUUCGUUAAUCGUCCCAAGAAACUGGUUGUCGAAGUUUCCGGAGUGGAUUCUAAAUAUGAAGAGGGUCAAUCCCUGGCCGCAAGUGCAUUUUCCCUGGCCGCCCGCGAAGGACUCGUCUGCAGGCUCGUCUAGCCGGAAUGGGAUUAGAGGAAUUACCAGCUGAUGGCGGCAAAAGUUUCCUCUUUAAUUGCAUUUCCAGUUCAAAAUGUCACGCGAUUGAAUACAAAAUGGGCGAAAAUUAAUGAUUCUACAACGUGCCAUGGCCUCUCUCUGUGUGUGUUGUGCGAUUUUCAGAUUGAAUUUAACGCUGUCCCAGUGCUAAUGAAGGACCGGAGAGUCUAGGGGACCGGGUCCGGUUCCGGCUUCUGACCGGAAAAAGUGGCCACAUCGUCGCCUGUUCCUGGCAACUUGCCCGGAACUUUGUUUCAGUCUCUCUCUCCUCGUUGGCGCCUGUAAUUUUUCAUGUUUGGACGAUGUAGAGCUUCCACAUACAGAAAGCAGCAAACAUAGAAAAAAGAGCAAAGAUUUAUGGAGCUGGGAAAGAUUUUUCUUGCAUUUUUUUGAAAUGUCGCAACGCUGGGAAUAUGAAAUCUUCUCCAGCCGAAAGUUUAUAAAUGACGUUUAAUAACUGAAUUAAAUGUUUGUUAAUGCCAACUAUCGCAAAACUUUUGAGUAUGCUCAAUAACUUGUUGGAAACUUUUUGAUUGCCGCCCGAUGCUUGUAAAAACAUUUUGCCAACAAAUGACAGUUGUUUGGAUAAGAAAUUUAAUAGUUUGUGAUUGUAAUAAGAGAGCAGGGUACUUUUUAGUAUGAUAUAUUUAUUUUCCAUGGAAUUUGGAGAUUUUGUUCUAUAAGUUGGACAUAUUUUAGGUACUCUAUUAAAAACUAUUAUUAUGUACUAUUAUA